GCGCGCCUUCUGGCGCCGGCAUAGAUGGCAGAACAGCCUAGCCUGUACCUGAUCAUGGAGCGCGCCGUUUGAAGCCUACAUAAAGUACAGGACGUCGUUACAUAAUUACAUGUAGCAGCCACGGCCAAUGCUGGGCUAGUUUCGCCAGUGCCCUGCUGUGUAGUUGUAUCUUUUUCCAAUAAAACUGCAGCUGGGCUUACGAAUAUGAUGGCGUUCACCACGAGUUCGUCAAAAGCCUAUGGUGACAGAAAGAGCCAUUGAAUGAUGUGACAUGAUGUGAAGAUCAAGGAACAGUUCCUGGCUUUAUGGUUAUGUGAUUUUAAUUAUAGCCUAACAAACGUUAAAUGGUGAGAUGAGCAUUAGGCAUAACACCUCGCGUCAAACCAUGGAGGGAGGCCAAAGGAACACAAACUAAAGAUGAAUUCAGGAGAAUUCCCAUUGUGCAUAGGGAGUUAAUCAGAUAAAAGCAACAAAAAUGUCAUGCAGCGUCAGAGUUGAAUUCAGCAGUGAAGAAACAGAGGAGCACACAGUGAUCCUCCAGUCUUAUGUUACAGAGCAACAUCGAGAUGGCUUGAUCAACGUUCUUCUACAAGAGGAUGAUGGCACCCAUUUUCCCAUCAUUAUUGAUGCGAUGACCUUGUUUGAGUCCAACAUGGAUCUCAGUGAUUUGGUACUGAAUAAUCCUGUGCAUACACUGUCAGUGUUCAAUGCAGCGCUACGACGCGCAGCGAUGGCAAUUUACAGGGAACAUCCCCAGAAAGAGGAAAUGACAAUGAAGAUGAACUUACACGCCAGGGUGACUGGACUGCCUGUCUGCCCUGAGCUGAUCCGGGACACACUGCCUAAAAAUUCUGACAUUGGACGGUUUCUGUCAGUCUCCGGAACUGUCAUACGAACAUCGAUGGUAAAAAUGCUGGAGUUUGAGAAAGACUUUAUGUGCUCAAAAUGCAGACAUCCUUUCACAGUACAGGCAUCAUUUGAGAAGUACUACAGCGAGUGCAAGCCAGAUGCCUGUCCCAACCCGGAAGGGUGCGGCUCCAACAAAUUCACCUGUCUCUCCAGCAACAGUGUGGGAUCACCGACGAGUUGCCGUGACUACCAAGAGAUCAAGAUACAGGAACAAGUCCAGAAACUAGCCGUUGGAACAAUACCUCGGUCCAUGUGGGUGGUGCUUGAAGAUGAUCUGGUGGACUGCUGCAAGGCGGGGGAUGACGUCACUAUCAGUGGCAUCGUCUUGCGACGAUGGCGACCAGUGAACGUUGACGGCAAAUGUGAUGUGGAGCUUGUACUGCGAGCCAAUCACAUUGCAGUGAAGAACGACCAAAGAGGGACAAUCACCGUCACUGAUGAAAUGAGACAAGAAUUUGAAGAAUUCUGGGAGAAAUAUAAAUAUUCACCCUUUACGGGUCGUAAUGUGAUCCUAGCCAGCCUCUGCCCUCAGGUCUACGGUCUGUAUGUCAUUAAGCUUGCCGUUGCCAUGGUGCUGGCAGGAGGCGUGGCUUAUUCGCACCAAUCAGGGACCAGAACGCGGGGGGAGUCCCAUCUGUUGCUUGUAGGGGAUCCAGGGACUGGGAAGUCUCAGUUUCUCAAGUACGCAGCCAAGGUUGUCCCAAGGUCCGUCCUGACCACAGGCAUUGGUUCCACCAGUGCUGGUUUGACCGUGUCAGCUGUACGGGACUCUGGAGAGUGGCAGCUUGAAGCUGGGGCACUGGUGCUAGCUGACGGGGGAAUAUGUUGCAUCGAUGAAUUCAACAGUAUCCGAGAGCAUGACAGAGCUAGUAUACAUGAAGCCAUGGAGCAACAAACAAUCAGCGUUGCUAAGGCUGGACUGGUCUGUAAGCUGAACACGCGCACUACAAUCCUGGCUGCGACCAAUCCCAAAGGGCACUACGACCCCAACGAGUCGAUCAGCGUCAAUGUUGCCCUGGCCAGCCCGCUACUGUCCAGGUUUGACCUGGUGCUGGUGCUGCUGGACUCUCAGAAUGACGAGUGGGACAAGAUCGUUUCCUCCUUCAUCCUGGAGGGAAAAUCCCCCGGGCCGCAAGGAACCUCUCAGGAUUGUCUGUGGAGCAUGGAAAAGAUGCAGUCCUACCUCUGCCUCAUCAAGACCAUCAAUCCCACCCUGUCUCCUGAUGCCAACAAGGUUUUGUCAAGGUACUACCAAGCCCAGCGUCAGGCAGACCAGCGGAAUGCAGCCAGGACCACCAUUCGCCUCUUGGAGAGCACUGUUCGGCUGUCGCAGGCCCAUGCCCGUCUCAUGUGCCACGAUAGCGUCUUGGUGCAAGAUGCAGUGGCUGCAGUCAGCGUGAUGGAAUCCACCAUGCAGGGAGCUGCCUUGUUAGGAGGGGUCAAUGCCCUUCACACCUCUUUCCCUGAAGAUGCGGAGAUGGAAUACCAAACACAAGCUGAAUUGAUUCUGUCCCAUCUUGGGCUUCAAGAUGUACUGCAGACUGAGCUUCAACGUCUCCAAGACCUGGACAAAGAACGCUCACUCUUAGAGGACCCUCAAGCCACAGCCCAGAUGACUAAUAGUGCUGACUUUACCCUACCCACAGAGACAGCAGAGGUCAGUAGACUGAAUGGAUCUGUUGAUCUAUUUAGUCAAAGUGUUGCUGGAAACGAAUCCACAACUUCAUCUAGUCAAGUGUUACCCAAGGGCCCCAAUACAGUGGUAAGAACAGACCAUGGUGUGUCGGCUUGUGGAAGAGUGGGGAAGACCAGCACAUCAUCGACAAAUGUUGUUGAGGAGACUAAUAGAUUCACAAGAAAAUGCAGUGAAGAGACAAGUCCAUCAGCAGGUAGUACAACCAGAGAAACUAGUGGAUCAACUAGGCAGACUGUGGAAGAGAGCAGCAGGUCAACAAAGAAAUCAGUGGAAAAGACCAGCAUGUCAACAAGGAAAUCAGUGGAAGAAACUGUUGGAUCAGAAAAUUGUAUAGAAAGACAGGCAAAGUCUCCAACUGAUAAAAGUAGUGGAUCAAGUGUGGAACCAGUUGGGCCAAAGAGAUCACCAACUGAGAUUUGUAAUAAAGUACAGCGUGGAGAAAGGACUGAUAGUGUCAAAGGUCAUAGGUCAUUCAGAGCCAGCUCCAUAGUUUUAUGCGAAUCACGCUCGCAUCCUGUUGAGAAAAUAAAAGAAACUGUGCUUGUUAGGCAAAGCAGUUCCCGUGAUAAAUCUGCGUCUGGAAAUGGACUAGAUCCUCAACUGCUUACAGAUGAGGAUGGGGACGUUGUCAUGGCCUCCCUAUCCCAGCAUUCCCCAGCACCCCACAGAGGUCCGACUGUACUGGAGAGCACACGCAUUGACUCUAGUGGCAGCCCCCCAAAAAAUCUGUUCGCACUCGAUGAGGAUCUCGAUGGUCUCAUCUCAACACCAGAUGUUCUGAAAGAGAGCAAAAUCACAGAGGCUGGUGUUCCCUCAGAGGUCAGAACAAUGUUGGACAAAUUUCAAGGGAAGCCAGCAAUGCGUAUGGUCAUUGAAAGGCAGUCACGUGAAGCAACUGAGAACAAGAAUCCUCAAAGUGCCAAGAUCUCAAAGCGAAAGUUGAGUUCAGGGGAAGAAAUGUCUGCCAAAACGAAUCAACACAAAAAUGCCGAAAGCAAGAGGAUGAGAUGUGAUGACAAAAAUCGGCCAAAGGGGUCCCAUAGUUUGUGCCCGUCAGUGGAGACGUCCGAAUCACCUGAUGGAGUGAAACAUCUUAACUUAUCAGCCACCUUUGGCAAGGUUGCUUCCUCAACCUUGUCCAAGCUGAGUAGAUUUACAUUUCCCUCCCCCCAAAACAACCAAGACUCUUCCAACAGUAAUGAGCACCAGGAAACAACAAAUCCUAAGGCUUGCCCCAAGUCCGAUAAAGACACAUCCAAGGAUCAAAGUUCCAAAUUAACUGCCGAAGCCAGGAGUCCAGUGUUGAAAGUGGACGAGACAAAUGGUAAGCAACCGAAGACUGGAUUGGGGAAUGAUAGUCUGUUCACCACAGGAGAAAGUCUGGACCAGAUUGAUCUGGAUCUCGAUUUUGGAAAGUAGUUUUACUGAAAGAAGACACAAAGUAGAUGUAUAUCACACAUUGUCAAAGACUUUCAUCUAAAAUGACAAUAUCCUAGUUUUCCAUUAAGUAAUUCCAUAAAAAUUGUUAAACAAGCUUUGAUUGUACCCCUUUAGCUUGAUAUUUUUCUACUGAAUAAUUGUGUUGAAUUCAUUUAUUUUUUUUACUGAAAAUCAAACUCGACAUUAAAUACAAAUGCUACAGAUGUGUAGAAUGAUUCUGACAUGUCAUUCAGUGUAUAGUUUGAAGCAUGCAAAAUCAUUUAUAUCAAGACAUGAUACACGAACACAUAAUGUAAGUACAUCAUUUGUCAAGUGGGAGACGUUUUCAUUGGCCAUUUGUUGGAUUUCUUGCUUCAUUUAGAUGCAACAUGUUCAAUAUUGUUCACAGUGGCUUAUCUUUCUGGAGGAAAUUAAAUGGUUUUAGAUAUCGUUUUUUAACUUUAGAAAAGACCGACCCUUAAACAUUAGAUCACACUAGCAAUUUAGUUUUAGUUUACAAUUUUACUGAGCCAAAACAAGUCUUGUUAAAUAUAAAUAUUAAUAGACUGAUAUUGUGCCCACUAAGCCAUGUGACCUAUAGUGGAUAUUAGCUAUCAGCAAACAUGGGGUGUAAUCCCUUAGCAAAGAGCAUCAUACGUGUAAGUUACCAAACAUAAAGCUAGGGUUACUCGGACUACUAAUGUGCUGAAUACUAUUAUAUUGAAACCGGCUUCAUUUUUGGUAAACAACACUCAAAACACACUUAGCUGUGGGAGGAUGCCAGGUUUGUUGAUGUUUGAUACCUACUGUAGGUCACAUGACUUGGGGGCAGAAUCGGUUAAUUGCUUUUCAGUUUUGAUUUGGAAAAAAUUUACCACGCAUCAUGGCUAACUUGUCAAAAUUGGUUACAUCUUUUGAUAAUUGUAUAAAAGUUUUAUACAGCGACUCCAAAAAUUACAUUCUUUUAAAUAAAAACUUUCUGAACAAGCAUUAAUUGAAACGAAACAAAACCAAAUAACAAAGAUUUGGUGGCCCGCAAAUACUGUUUGUAAUUUCCGAGUACAAUUACCGUAUACAUGUAAUACAGGCAUGCAACUUUUCCUCGGAUCAGCUGAUUUCCUCAUUUUUCACUUCACACUCCUGCCAUUGAAACUUGAACAAACUCUGCAAAGAGCCUAGCGAGGAUAGGAAUAUCCUCGUUUUUGUCAAAGUCCAAGUUGCAUGCCUGGUAAUACAAGAUUGUUCGUACACUACUUUUUCCUGUUUGAUUUUUAGCAAACAGAGCUCUUAAGUUUUCAGUGCACAGAGUUAGUCUCAUAUAGUGGCACUCUGUGUUAGGAAGAUACUUAGCUGACGAGGGCAGGAAUAUGUAAGUACUCUUCCAAGAAAAACUUCAACAAAAUUAACAAGGCCCACGUUUAAAUUAUAAUAUACAACCUUGUCUUUAUUCCACACACAACAAGGGACUGUCAAAUAU